UCAGAAGAAGGAGGGGAUGGAGUCGUAAGGUCUGGGGUAUAAAUACGAGUCCUUGAGAACAGACUGUAACAAACAGGCUUGUCUUCCCAGCUGGAGGACCGUUCUUCGCUUUGAAGUAGAAACGGCGUUUCAGAGAGAGAGGAAUACAUAUUUUAGAAAAUAAAAAACAAGUAUUAUCAUUCAUCUAAAAUCGUUUAAUCGUAUCAACGGGUUCUUUUUUUAAAAAAUAGAGCACCUUAUACUUUGUUUUUUUUUUGGUUUUGUGUUUUAAAGAUGGGGUUGGGGGGGGUGUUGCUGCUGUCCGUCCUGUGCUCUUGUGUCCAUUCUCUCGUCCUGGAUUACAACACCAUCCGGGGAUCUGCUGAGGUGGACCUGAGGACCGAGACGCUGGACCGCUGCAUGACGGACAGCGACUGCGAGUCCACGAAGUUCUGCCAGAACACACGCGCCGGAGAGUCUGUUUGUGCCGCGUGCCGGCCGCUCCGCCGGCGCUGCCCGCGCAAUGCUACGUGCUGUCCAGGGACUCUCUGCAUCAACGACGUGUGCGCGCAGCCUGACGAGGGUGGCGUGACGACCGGGCUGGUCUCGCCCGUGACGCGUGGGAAAAGCGGACACCAUAUCCAGGAAAGCAAACCCAAAAAGCAGCCCAACAUCAAAGGGCUGGAGGGGGAGUCUUGUUUGCGCACCUCGGACUGCGCAGUUGGCUUGUGCUGCGCUCGUCACUUCUGGGAGAAGAUCUGCAAGCCCAUGCCACAGGAGGGGGAGGUGUGUUCAAAACGGGGGCGCAAGGAGACCCCCAUGGGUCGCGAGCUCUUCCAACGCUGCGACUGCACAGCCGGGCUCACCUGUCGCCCCCAAAACAAGGGUGAGGAGAGCCGCAAGUCCCGUCUGCGCGUCUGCCAGCGCCCCCUAGAGGGGCCCGCAGGACAGGGCAACAGCGGCGCCAAGAGGCCAAACAGGAAGCGACGGCACUGAGCAGCGGGAUUAAGACCGGGGACAAACCACCUGUAUGAACUUGAGGCCGUGGAUUCCUGAAGUUACUGAUUUCAAAAUCAGGAACAAACACUUAUUUUAAAGUGGAAUGUGUUUUUUUUAUUAUUUUAUUUCACAAUUGUCACUUUUUUUUCUCACUCAUAUAUAUAUAUAUAUAUAUAAAUUAAUAAAAUUGUGUGUGUGUGUAUCUUUUUAAUAUCCAUGAGUUGUAGCAUUAGAUUUCAAUUUUGAGUGCACAGGAUUCCUGGUUUCUCGGUUCACUGUGAUGUGUUUUGGUAGACAGCAGCAUGGAGUAGUGGUUAGGUCUCUGGACUCUUGACCGGAGGGUCGUGGGUUCAAUCCCAGGUGGGGGACACUGCUGCUGUACCCUUAAGCAAGGUACUUUACCUAGAUUGCUCCAGUAAAAACCCAACUGUAUAAAUGGGUAAUUGUAUGUAAAAAAAUAAUGUGAUAUAAUUAUAACAAUUGUAAGUCGCCCUGGAUAAGGGCGUCUGCUAAGAUAAUAAUAAUAUUUCAGUACCUUUUAUAUUUUUCAACAGUAGAUAGGCGAUUGUACCAAAUGGCUUUUAAUGACUGACAUACAAGCUGCAUUUCCAAAGGCUGGUGCUGUUCAGCUAGUCACAUUUCUGUCUAGAAGACAUAGUAUGCUGCACAGCGCCCACCGUGGACACACUUGAUUUUUUGUGAGUCUUGGCCUCUGCUCUGUACUCGUGUUUCCCCCACUCAGUGCUGUCCUGCGGAUCUGCUUCAAACAUUCCCAGCAGCACCGAGUGAACCUACUCUUACUCCAGGAGGGGGCGUGGUCUGUUCAGCACCACAGGCAGGGACCGUGGCUUCACCACUCUCUCUUGUACAGUGUGUGAAAAUGCACCAUUCCAGACAGGCAGCGUUCACUGCAGCCCUGUUUCCGUCGGACCGGGCUCCUGUUUCUCGGCUGCCCCCCCCCCCCCCCAGUUGAAAUGGCUCCUGAUUCACAGCAGCUGCUGAACCGCCCAGUUGAAAAGCGCUGUGAUGGAGAAUCAGGCUGGCAUGGUAGACAGAGCUGAAGGGAGCCUCGCAUUCUAUUAUUACAACCUUACCUUUCCUGGCUUCAGAAUGUCAAGUAACACUACAUAGAAAACAGACGCUGUCAUUGUAACACUAUUAACCACUUUACACAUUUUAAAAUGUGCCUUUUUUAAUAUUGAAAUAAACAUAAAACAGCAACAAUGGAGUAAAGAUGUUGCUGAUUAAAGCAACAGGAAAACAAAUAGCCUUGAAUGGCUUCUGAUGACGUAACUGCAGUCCGAGUCACUUUGACGUGAAGUUUUCAAAUUGCCCAACCCUUCGUACCCGGGCCCUUCCCUUUUCACAGAUCAAGGUGGUUUUUAAUGUGUACAUUUGUAUUUAAAUUCUUAUUUUUCAAUAAAACAAUGACACAAAC